AUGACGAGAAUUGCGGCGUUGUCGACGAUUUUUUUGGCCUACCUUCCCUAUUCUCUCGCUCAACUGAAUACUUUGGCCCAGAAGGCGGGCAAACUGUACUUUGGCACAGCGACAGACAAUCCAGAGCUAUCCAACACAGCAUAUGUAGCACAACUGGGAAACACGUCCGACUUCCAUCAGAUUACAGCUGCCAAUAGUAUGAAAUGGGACGCGACUGAGCCAUCCAGAGGUACCUUCACAUUUAGUGGUGGCGAUGCGAUCGUUGCCCAAGCACAGGCACACAAGCAGCUCAUCCGUGGACAUAAUUGCUCCAGACACAUUGCAGUACCCUUGUUGGACAUUACAAAGGGCAGAUUGAGCUGGGAUGUCAUCAAUGAGCCAUUCAAUGACGAUGGAACAUUCCGCGACAGUGUUUUCUUUACAACUACAGGCACGGCAUACAUUAGCACUGCUCUCCGUGCAGCUCGAGCAGCCGACCCCGCCGCGAAGCUUUAUAUCAACGAUUUUAACAUUGAAGGCACAGGCGCCAAAUCAACUGCAAUGGCCAACCUCGUAAAGCAGCUCAAAGCGGAAAAUGUUCCCAUCGAUGGAAUCGGCGUACAAACACAUCUCAUCGUCGGACAGGUCCCCUCAACCUUCCAACAGAACCUGCAGAAUUUUGCCAACCUAGGUGUCGAGGUCGCUAUCACUGAACUGGACAUCCGUAUGACGCUGCCAGCGACUACUGCGUUGCUCACGCAGCAGAUGAAGGAUUAUCAGACUGUCAUUGCGGCAUGCAAAGCCGUCUCGGGUUGUGUGGGUGUUACGCUGUGGGACUGGACUGACAAGUUUUCCUGGGUACCUGGUACUUUCGCUGGUCAGGGCGCUGCAUGUCCAUGGGACGAGAACUUUGUCAAGAAACCGGCGUAUCAAGGUAUCGUCAAUGGCUGGAAUUAA